AUGGAUUUAGAAUUUCGGUCUUUAGAUAAAGAUGGUUACGAUCAUAUAGCAGCCACAUAUUAUCUUUUAGUUGAACGACGUCUGAAAAAACAUGAACAAUUUCAACAUCAACAUGCAGCAGCCAUGACCCAUUUACGUAAGAAAUCUGAUGCUAGUCAUGGUUCUGGUAAACCUCAUUUGGAACCAUUAUCAUUAUCUCCACGCAAACAGAAGGAACUAAAGAAGACAAAAACAGCUCCUUUAGGAUUACAAUGUUUACCUACUUCUGAUAUUAUAGAACCCUUUUCUAAUUUCCCAUUAGGUUUAAAUAGCCCUGGUACCAAACCAGAAUUUGUCAAAUCUAUUACUGAUUCAAUGACUCUUGAUAGAAAAAAUAGUCAAAAUAAGAAGAAGAAAGCUAUUAUAUCUGGCGCAGUUAGUCCACAAGUUGACAUUAAACCAUUAUCAGUUUCGGAAGCACCUCCAGGCUCCUAUAAAACUCUUGAAAGUAAAUCACCAAAGAAACCUCAGAAGGCAUUUUCUAAAAUAGCAAUACUUAGUUCAUUUUUUGAAAGAAAAGCUGUAGCUACUGCCUCAGGAAACACCCCUGCUGCUGAAAGAAAAGCUGGCUUUUUCGUCAAACAAGGAAAUCGCAAAAAGACAGAGAAGUAA